AUGAAGAGAGCAGCAAGAGCUCUGCCGGGUGCAUGGCGAGCACAGCACGUCCCGGCGACCAGAGGCAAGGCUACUCUACGCUUUGCAGCAAGAUCAGCCCCAUUCAGCUCCUCGGCAGCUCAUCAGAGAGCUCAGCAUGACGAGCCUACCGCACCGGGCAAACCUACCAAGCCAGUACAGAGUGCCACGAGUGCACUGGACUACAAGAUGUCGCACCCUGCCAAGAGACCGCCGCGUCUGCCGACAAUUGAUCCACCUAAGUGGUCAGCCGAGGAAGCAGUGACUAACAUCUUGUACAACAGCAACUCAUGUCGAGAUACUGAUGGUUUGCUUGUUGCAGCACCGCCACCCAGCAAUCAGCCGUUCGUACGACACGUGCUCAAUUGCCUCGUUCAAAACGAGCCAGGCGUUUUAUCGCGCGUCUCUGGCAUUCUUGCCGCUCGUGGAUUCAACAUUGACUCGCUUGUCGUCUGCGCAACAGAGAUCAAAGAUCUCUCGAGAAUGUGUAUCGUUCUCAGAGGUCAAGAUGGCGUCAUAGAACAAGCCAGACGGCAACUCGAAGAUCUCGUACCCGUCUGGGCAGUCUUGGACUAUACCCGCACAAAGACCAUCGAGCGAGAGCUCUUGCUCUGUAAAGUGUCGAUCCUCGGCCCCGAAUAUUUCGAAGACCAGCUCAGACACAAGAUACAAGAGGGCGCUUCUUCACCCCAUGCUGCCUCACAAGAAGGCGAAGCCACCAGUCCCGAUCAUGCAAGCGGAGGCGAUCCAGGCUUAGCCAUUCAGUCUGAGAUCCACAGACAAUACGAUGCCGAGCAUCACGCACAAGGAUACGCAACGCCUACUUUCGAAUCUCUCUCGCCUUCGGAAGCGCUCAGACAGAAGCACGCUCAUAUGUCUGCCAUUGCUUUGCUCGCCUCCCAAUUCCAAGGCAAGAUUGUUGAUAUCAGCAAUGACGCUGCCGUCGUCGAGGUAUCCGGCAAGACUGAACGAAUAGACGCUUUCCUCAAGCUCAUCCGACCCUAUGGUCUCAGCAUUUCAUGGCUGAUGUGCGAGAACGCAGGGACGAUGGUGAUGCCGAGGGCGCCCAUCAUCAGUCAAUGGAGUGGCAUGUCAGAUGAGGAACCCUUGGAAGAGGAGACGGUUCAGAUUGACGCGAGUCAGCUCCCACCGGGCUAA